UUCCAUUCACUCUCGCGUUCGAUGGCAACUCGACAAACUCCGUUGACUUGCAACGGACACACGCGACCGGUGGUUGAUCUGGCGUUCAGCCCAGUCACCUCGGACGGCUACUUCCUCAUCAGCGCCUGCAAAGAUGGCAAGCCGAUGCUCAGAGUCGGUCAGACUGGCGAUUGGAUUGGCACGUUUGACGGGCACAAGGGCGCCGUUUGGGCAGCUCGCCUCAACCAUACAGCAACACGGGCAGCCACUGGAUCAGCCGAUUUCACUGCAAAAAUCUGGGAUGCCAUUGCUGGAACUGAAAUGUAUUCGUUUGCCCACAAGCACAUUGUUCGAACGGUCGAGUUCUCCAAGGACGCAUCAAAACUCGCAACAGGCAGUGCAGAAAAGAAAAUCCGAUUGUUUGACUUGCAGCGGCCUGAAGCGGAGCCAGUGAUUUUCGAUGGCUUGACCGCUACCGCGCGUGUGGCCAUGUUUGUGAACAAUGAUUCAAUGCUUUUAACCGCUGCGGAAGACAGCUGCAUUCGGCUAUGGGAUUUGCGUACUCGGCAAGAAGAAAGGGUCAUUCCCCUUGAUGCGUCUGCCACCAGCGUGGAGGUCUCUGCGGACGGCCAAAUCAUGACCGUCGCACAUGGACACAGCAUCAGCUUCUUCAACAUGCAGACAUUUGAGAAAAUCAAGUCCAUCACGCACACUUCGCCAUUGUACUCUGCCUCUCUUCACGGCAGCAAAACCAAGUUUGUUGCGGGCGGCAAUGAUUUCUACCUACACGUUUAUGACUACGAGACUCUCCGCGAAAUUGAAACACACAAGGGUCACCAUGGACCAGUGCACUGCGUGCGAUUCUCGCCUGACGGCGAGCUUUACGCGUCUGGAUCAGAGGAUGGCACCGUGCGGCUAUGGCAGACCGAUGUAGGGAAGGAGUAUGGCCUGUGGAAGUUUACUACCUCCUCAGGAUCCUCUUCCUCAACAGCUCCAGUCGAUGCAUGAUGUCAGCAAUGUGCCGCAUUUGUCUUGAAUCUUGUUUUCGUGGUCUUCAUUUUUCAUUCCCCCCCCCCAAUUCACGCAAUCUAGUCCACUUUUGCAUUCAUCAUUCUCGGUACGUUAUUUCCAGCUUAUGCA